UAUAGAACAAAAAUUAAUUUUAUACUACAAAAAUGGAUUUCUUUGCCGCUGGCGGCUUCCAGCAACUGUUUAGCGAUUUAAAUGACACGCAGCUGCAUGGAAACUGGACGGAUACCGACGCAGAUAUGGAAAGUGGUACCCCGUUUUACAGUUAUAAUUGCUGCGCGCAGCAGUCUACUGACAAUAGCCUGCGACUCAGCUGCGCGGAUGAUCCUUACGUGUUUGCCGCAACGACGUGUGAAAAAACGCUCGUGGAAUUGCAUGUGGAUUGGGAUGAAAACGAAGCGCCAACUACGUAUAAUACACAUAAGGAGCAAGCCUUGUACACAGGCUACGCAGAGAGCAAAGGAAACAACGAACAACAGUUGCAGCUUACGCUCGAUCGGUUGCUCUGCUCGCCAUCUGAUGUCUUGAUACACGACACAACAUGUGAUUCAACUGCAGAGCGGACAAACUACGAAACGUUAACAACACAGAGUUGCAGUGAAACGGAAUACCACAACAAUAGCUGCAUGUCUAACACACCAAGCAGUCCCGUUAGCUUAGAUUCCACAAUUGUGGUGGAGUUCGAGACGGCUGCCUUUAUUACACGCGAAAUGGCUGAGUGGGAGGAGAAAUUCUUGGAUAACUAUAUCGAGAUACCCGAGCUUAUCGACUUUCUACCCGAGAAAACGCCACUCUGCACCGACACCUGCGAUCACUUUCUACACGAGAGCUCUAAAAAUCUCAAACUGCAUCGCAAAACGAGAACUACAAAGCGCAGCAAUGAGUCGAGCAGCCAAGAUGAACGCGUUGCCGCUGGUUUUCCUUGCACUUUUGGCUCAUGUGAUAAGAUUUAUGCGAAGCCUGCACAUCUUAAGGCCCACCUGCGUCGCCAUAUGGGCGAAAAGCCCUACACCUGCGAUUGGCCUGCUUGUACCUGGAAGUUUUCACGUUCCGAUGAGUUGGCGCGCCAUCGGCGUUCGCAUUCCGGUGUGAAGCCCUACAAAUGCAGCUAUUGUUUGAAAUGUUUUGCGCGCUCCGAUCACCUGACGAAGCAUCGAAAGGUGCACGAGCGUCGUUUGCUGGCGGCGAGUAAGGCAGGCAAGACGAUCGAUGGCGUGCUGCCGCAUAGUGUGUUAACGGUGCGACCGGGACGUAAGCGAAAGAAUCAAUUAUGA